AUGCGCGACGACUUUUACUCGGGUUUUCUUCUGCGCGGCCAUGCGCCGCGCGCCAAGUCAACGAAGGAUAUCAACGCGCAGUACGUGGACCCGUCGCUUCUCGAGAUGCUCGGCAUCAAGCUCCCUGCGCCGUCCGCACCCGAGCUGCGCUUGGCGCCAAUGCGACUCUUCUUUGUGUUGACGCCAUCCCGGAUGGACUACUACCUCGUGGACCCGCGGCCCAAGUUUAAGCUCCCGAUAAGUGGGUCUUUUGCGUUUAACCGGUCGACCGAGGUCGCGGUGUGCAGCGAAAUGUGGCCCGGAUUGCCGCCGCACACCUUUUGCCUCACGACCAACGGGCAGACGUUGGUGCUCACGGCCAAGACCCACGGCGACAUGACCCUCUGGCUCACGCAUCUUCAGGCGACGCUGGCGCAAUUCCCCUUCGUGCUACGCAGCAUUUUGUUGAAAAAGUCGGACAAGUACCCGUGGAAGCCGUGGACCAAGCGCCACGUGGAGCUCGGGGAGUCGUGCGUGAGCUACGCGAACGCGACGCCCGGCGCCAAAUCCGUGCGCAACCACGUGCGGUUGACGGCCCACGCAUAUGUGCAGGACCUUCCGCCGACCAAAGCCCACGCGUUCGUCUUUGGCAUUGCCACCGCGCACACAACACUGACGUUUGCAGCGACGAGCGAUCAAGAGAAACAAGAGUGGAUGACCGAGCUCGAA